AUGUCUAUUUCUAAUAAUUUAUCAUCAUUUAAACAACUUGAACCAUGUUAUAUAUUACGACCCAUUGGAUAUUAUCUAAUAUUUCUUUGGGUUUUUGGUAUGAGUUUAAAUGGUUCAAUAUUAUAUAUAUUUAUACGAUAUAAAAAAUUACGACAAUCAUCAACAAAUAUAUUUAUUGGUAGUUUAAUAUUAACAGAUUUUAUUGGAGCUUGUUUUGAAAUACCAAUGCCAGCUAUUGCACUUAUAAAAUGCAGAUGGAUUUUUGGUUAUGCUGGUUGUGUAUUUGAAGCUGUUAUUGCUUAUUUUGCAGGUUGUUCAAAUAUGUAUAUAUUAUGUUUACUUUCUAUGGAUAGAUAUCUUGUCGUAACACGAUCAUUUACAGCAACAACAAUAACAAUUAAACAAACUUAUAUAAGUAUUUUAUGUGCUUAUAUAUUCGCUUUAUUCUGGACAUUAAUGCCAAUAAUUGGAUGGUCUAGUUAUGAUUUUGAAGGUGUGGGUGCAUCAUGUAGUAUUAAAUGGGAAGAAAGAUCAUUCAAUGUAUUAAGUUAUAAUAUGACAAUUCUUAUAUUUGUUUAUCUUAUACCGGUUCAUGAACAUCGACGAUCUACUAAUAUCAAUUUCAGUGCAUCUUUUAUUCGACGUCAACUUGCAAUCGAACAUCGUGUAACAUACACUGUUAUUUUUAUUAUCGGUGGUUUUCUUCUUGCAUGGACUCCAUAUGCAAUAAGCGUUUUUAUUCGUGUAUUUAUUGAUGAACAUCUUUUGUCACCGCUAUCUGGAACAAUACCAGCAAUAUUUGCUAAAACAAGCGUUGUAUGGAAUCCAUUCAUAUAUAUCAUACGUAAUGGAAAUUUUCGUCGUUUUCUACCAGUCUUUGCAUAUCAUCGUAUUCAAAAAAAAAGAAAAAGCUCUAAUCCAACUCAUUUUUCAGUUUAUCCUUAUUCUGCUGUUCAUUUACCAUUACCAGCUUCAUCAAAUGUUCCUGGAAAUUAA